AUGGGAUUAUGCGGUGACAAGAUCUUGAGUGACCAUUUUAAAAAUGGUCCUAAAAAUGCCACUUAUCAAUCAAAGACAGUGCAGAAUGAGUUGAUUGAUAUUUGUGCAGGUGUUGUUCGAUCGCUAUUGACAAACAGAAUAAAGAAAGCAAAAUUUUUUUCUAUUUUAGCAGUUGAAGCUUCAGAUGUUAGUCAAACUGAACAAAUGGCUGUAGUUGUUUGGUAUGUGGAUGAAUGCUGCAAAGUAAAGGAAGAUUUUUUAAAAUUUGUUUCCUGCAAUAGUGGGUUGACUGGAGUUUUGUUAUCAACUAAGAUCAAGAAAAGUAUACAUAAACUUGGUCUGGAAAUGUCUUAUUGUCGUGGUCAAGGUUAUGAUGGGGCUGGUAACAUGGCAGGGCGUCUUUGUGGUGUAGCAGCAUUAAUUUUAAAAGAUUUUCCUAAAGCUCCAUACAUCCACUGCUAUUCCCAUCAACUUAAUCUGUGUGUUGCCAAAGCAUGUGCAAUUCCUUCAAUUCGAGAUAUGAUGGAUCAUGUUAGGAUUGUCUCUGAUUUUUUUAAUAAUUCUCUAAAGAGGUUAGAAGAUCUAUCUACAAAAAUUGUUGAGCUAUGUCUGACAUCAUUCUUUCAAAAGACAAUAAAUGUUUGUAGAACCAGGUGGAUUGAAAGAAUUGAUGGUCUUGAAGCUUUUAUUGAAUUAUAUCCAGCUAUAAUUGCAUCUCUUACUUGUAUUAAAGAAGAUGAGGCAUGGAACUACAAAUCCAGAGGUGAUGCUUCCGCAUAUGUAACAAUAUGUUGUUCGUUUAAGUUUAUCAUCACCUUAAUCAUAGUCAGGAAGUUAUUAGGGUAUACAAGACCACUGACAAAAACGUUGCAAAAAGUUGAUCAAGACUUCUCAAAAGCUCGUGAUGAUGUGGAAAUUUUAAACACUCUUUUAUCUAUUCGGAGCUCUAUCGAAAUUUUCCACUCAGAAUGGUAUAAAGAAGCUGUUACCAUAGCUGCAACUAAUUAUACCUUGCCAUCUAAACCAAGAACAUGUGGACAACAAACACAACGUGAUAAUCAUCAAGUAGAUGAUAUUAGUGAAUAA